AUGCCAGGAGCUCCAAUAAACUGCUCAAAGACUUACAAGGUUCCACGUCGUCCCUUUGAGAAGGAACGUAUGGACCAAGAACUUCGCUUAAUUGGUGAUUAUGGAUUGAGAAACAAACGCGAAAUUUGGCGCGUGGCUUAUACAUUAUCAAAUAUUCGAAGAGCCGCUCGUGAACUGUUAACAUUAGAUGACAAGGAUCCUCGUAGACUUUUUGAAGGAAAUGCAUUGAUUAGAAGACUUGUUAGAAUUGGUGUGUUGGAUGAAUCUAAGAUGAAACUUGAUUACGUAUUGGCUUUGAAAAUUGAAGAUUUCUUGGAAAGAAGAUUACAAACCCAAGUCUAUAAAUCUGGUUUGGCCAAAUCUAUUCAUCAUGCGCGUGUCCUGAUAAGACAGCGUCAUAUUCGUGUUGGAAAACAAAUUGUCAAUAUUCCCAGUUUUAUCGUCAGGUAG